GCAGUAGGAUUUGUAGAAAUUUCACGCAAACUCCCAUUUUUGAUAAUCAUCCUCUUUCCGUUACCAACCUAAUUCAAUAAUCACCCAUUUCUGGUUUUGAAUUUCUCUCACAAACCCUAGAAAGCUUUUUCUAUCCAAUAUGACUCUGCUUUCGAUUUUCAUCUUUCUCUUCAAUCAACCCCCUUUUUCAUAAGGGUUUUUUUGUUUUGGGUUUCAUUCAUCUAAUUCUCGAAUACCCAUCAAUUUUUUUUAUAGAUUCAAAGAUAGAUAUGGGUUUCAUUUUGACUUUUCAUAUAUGAUCGAUACAAAAUUGAGGCUAAAAGAUGGACAUUUCGGAGGGACUUGACGAGGAGGGUACGAUGAUGUUCACUGGUAAACAAGAGAGAAUUGUCGGCACCUCAAACAAUAAGAUGGAUUUCGUCGGAUAUCAAUUUUGGUUUCCGUCUUCCAUUGAUUCGUAUUCUGUUGCUUGUGAGGCCUUCUCCGAAUGUAUCAAGUUUCUCUAACUCCGAAGUCCCGAUCUGAGAGUGCUGCCGACUUUUUUUCUUUUCUUUUUUCUUCUUUCUCUGUCUCUGUGUUUGUGUCUGUGUCUGUGUGUGUGUGUGUGGUUGUUCAUUCUUCUUCACUCAGGAAGAAGAAGAAAUGCUGAUUGGUUCUGGGAAAUUGAUGCAUGAUCCUGAUGAGGGUGAAAUAGUUGAGAAAUCUCCAAGUGGGAGAUUUGUUCGGUAUAAUGAAAUUCUGGGAAGAGGGGCCUUCAAGAUUGUAUAUAAGGGUUUUGAUGAAGUUGAUGGAAUAGAAAUUGCAUGGAACCAAGUGAGUCUUGAUGAUGCUUUAAGAACUGCUGAACAUUUAGAAAGACUUUACUCUGAGGUUCAUUUGUUGAAGACACUCAAACAUGAAAACAUCAUCCGUUCUUACUGUUCUUGGGUAGACAAUGAAAGCAAAACUAUCAACAUGAUUACUGAAUUAUUCACAUCUGGAAGUUUGAGACAAUAUCGUAGAAAGCAUAAGAGUGUUGAUAUGAAGGCGAUCAAGAACUGGGCAACACAGAUUCUUCACGGGUUGAGUUAUCUCCAUGGGCAUGAUCCUCCUAUCAUUCAUAGAGAUUUAAAGUGCGAUAAUAUAUUUGUUAAUGGGAAUAAUGGGGAGGUUAAAAUUGGAGAUCUUGGUUUGGCUACUGUAAUGCAGCAGUCUACUGCACGGAGUGUCAUCGGUACUCCUGAAUUCAUGGCUCCUGAACUCUAUGAAGAGGAAUACAAUGAACUCGUUGACGUAUACUCAUUUGGCAUGUGCGUGUUAGAGUUAGUUACGUGUGAAUAUCCUUAUAGUGAAUGCAAGAAUCCGGCUCAGAUAUAUAAGAAAGUCACUUCUGGUAUAAAGCCGCUAGCUUUGAAUAAAGUGAAAGACCCCAAAGUGAAAGAUUUCAUCGAGAAAUGCCUUGUUCCAGCAUCCAUGAGAUUAUCUGUUGAAAAGUUAUUGGAAGACCCUUUCCUAUCCAUUGAAUCAAAAAAGGAUUCGCCUUUUUCUUCCAAUUCAUUAUCGUCGGAGACAACUUCUUCUAUGAUGGACAUAGACUCAAAAAUCAGUAAGCUUUCGAUUAGCACUGAAACUGUACUUGCUGAUUCUGUUCUAGAACUCGAGAAAUAUUUGGGAAUGAACAAAUACGUUAUAAAAGGCGAGAAGUACGACGAUGACUCCAUUUCAUUAACCCUACGUAUGGCCGACUCAUCCGGUCGGAUAAAGAACAUACAUUUUAUGUUCAACCUGGAUUCAGACACAUCUGUUUCUGUUGCGGGCGAGAUGGUGGAACAUUUAGAAUUGUCGAACGAGGUUGUGGAUUUCAUUGUCGAGUUAAUCGAUAGCCUGCUCACGAGAAUGGUGCCUUGUUGGAAACUGGCUUCUUCUGAGUCUUUCGAAGUUUAUACAAACGACGAUAUAUCUUUAAGGAGUUGUUCAGCUGUGAUGAGCGAAGUAACCAAGAAUUUGGAGCUGAAGGAGGAGCUCGACGCGAUAGAGGCUAACUAUCACGAGUCGCUACUAGAACUCGCUAGGAUGAGAGAAGAGGCGGUUGAGAAUGCGAGAAAGAGGUGGAUGUUGAGGGAGGGAAAACAACUUAUUGCGUGAGGAUGAGCAGAUUGACGGUAGUUAUUGUUUCAAGUUUCUUUUGUGUGUGUUUUUCUUCUUUUAGUGUAUAAAUGCUACUCUUGAUCUGUAAUAUGGAUUAUGGAGUAGCUCUUUACAGGGGAUGUUAUGGUUUUCAAUUGAUUUAUGUGUUUGAAGUUUGAAAUUAUCAUUCUUCAAUUGUCAAUGUUCUUGACAAUAUAGUACAGUUUUUUAAGGAAUCCCAACUAUGGAUUUGUUUGAUA